GGGAGGGACUCUUAUUUUGAAGGGCUGCAGUUUCAGUGAGAGUUGAUGAUGGCGGCGCGUGCUGAGAGGUUUAUAAGCGUGCGGGCGGGAAACGGGCUGCGCGCGGUCGGUGAGAUUAAAGCCGGAGCGGUGAUACAGAUCAAAGAGAAUGAAGGAGGCGAUGCCAUUGAUCUGCAGAGCUGCGCGCCCUUUACAUUCUGCGUCGCGCGGAACUUCCUGCAGUCCGCGUGCCACAACUGCUUCCGCACGGGGGAGAAGCUGUUGAGAUGUUCUCAGUGUAAAAUCGCUCGGUACUGCAGCGUCCGGUGCCAGAAGGAAUCGUGGGCGGAGCAUAAGACCGAAUGCCGGUGUCUCAAACGAGUUCAUCCCCGAAUCCCCCCCGACUCCGUCCGCCUCACCGCCAGAAUCAUCUUCAGACUGGUUAGUGAUCCUCAGGCUGAUGCAGCAGAACUCUACUCACUCUCAGAACACCAAUCACAUCUGGAGGAUAUGAGUGAUGAUCAGAGGGCGGGGUUAUCUGAUCUGUGCCGGGUGUUGGAUAUGUACCUGGGGGAGGAGAACGCCAACCCAGCCCUGCCCACCCACCUCACCCCCAUCAACCUGCUCGCACGGGUGACCUGUAACUGUUUCAGUAUCAGUAAUGGAGAGCUGCAGGAUAUUGGAGUGGGACUGUACCCCAGUAUGUCUCUGCUGAAUCAUGACUGCAGGCCGAACUGUGUGAUGGUGUUUCUGGGGAAGAGGCUGCAGCUCAGAGCCGUGCGGAACAUCCAGCCCACUGAAGAGUUGACGAUCAGUUAUACGGAGGUGUUGGCGCCUCGUGUGGAGAGGAGGACUCAGUUACAGCAGCAGUACCACUUCCAGUGCCAGUGCCAACGCUGCACCACAGAGAACACGGAUGCUGAGAUGCUGGUUGGUGAUGAGGGGGUGUGGUUAAGUUUGAAGGACAGGCUGCAGGAUUUGGAGAAGCUCCAGACUGAUCAGAAGUGGGAGGAGCUUCUGAAAGAGUGUGAGACGCUGUUAGCCGGUGACGCUGUUCCGGAUGCUAACGUUUACCGGCUGCGGCUGCUGGAUCUGGCCAUGGACGCCUCCAUCAGUCUGGAUCAGUACCAGAAAGCUCUGGAGUUUGGGAUCAGAACUCUGGAACCAUACCGGCUGCAUUACCCUGACCCCCACCCGUGCCGAGGGGUGGAGCUUCUGAGGGUGGGGAAGCUGCAGCAUUACCUGGGGAAGGUGGAGGAAGCUCAGAGCAGCUUCAGACAGGCGUAUGAUGUGAUGAAGGUGACUCAUGGGGCGGAGCAUCCGCUGGUUGCUGUGGUCCAGAGGAAGCUGGAGGAGUGCCGGGCGGAGCUGAUGGGGGGCGGGUCCUCAGAGAACCGCUAAACAGAACCGACCGAAACCAAAACCGGACCGGACACUCCACAUUCCUAACACUGCUGUGAUUAUAAUCACCUGUCCAUUAGCCCCACCCACAAUCACCUGUCCAUCAGCCCUGCCCAUGCUCACCUGUCAAUCAUCCCUGCCCAUAAUCACCUGUCCAUCAGCCCUGCCCACAAUCACCUGUCCAUUAGCCCCGCCCAUAAUCACCUGUCCAUUAGCCCCACCCAUAAUCACCUGUCCAUCAGCCCCACCCAUGCUCACCUGUCAAUCAUCCCUGCCCAUAAUCACCUGUCCAUCAACCCCACCCAUAAUCAACUGCCUGUUAGCUAUACCCAUAAUCACCUGCUCAUCAGGCAAACCCAUGCUCACCUGUCCACCAAUCCCGCCCAUAAUCACCUGUCCAUCAACCCCACCUAUGCUUACCUGUCCUUCAGCCCCAGCUAUCAACUGUUUGUGUUUUACUGAUGAAAAUAAAGGACCUGAUUGAGACCCGA